AUGUCGCUGCCCUUGGCGACGUUGAGGGAGCUCCAGAAGCAGGCAGCACUCAAAGCAGAGGGCGUGAUCCUUGAACGACAGUACGUGGUGAUGAAGAAACAUAUGAGGGAGGGCAACUCCCUCUCGAGCGAAGACUGGGAGGCCUUCGAUUUGGCGUGGGACCUGAGGAGCAGCGGCGUGUUCUCGGAAGAAUAG